AUGCCUGACGUCAACGGACUACACAGCAGCCCAGGGAAGCGACCAGCCGCUACUGAUCGAGCGACACCGAGUGCAGAUGCUGGAGCUUCUCCGCAACCCGACUUUCCUCAACCUACACCCAGAAAGACGGUUCAAAAUACUGAGCCUAUAGACAUACAACGUGGGAACAUUGCUACAGCUGGGAGGAUGGCCGGAGAUGGAAACCGUGAUUGUCAGGAAGCCGGCGAUGCGAAAAGUGGCCACUUUUCAAUAACGUCAGAAAAGGCCAUCGGCUUGGUCUUCGAGCACUCCGAGGAAUCCGCUGCUAAACAAGGCUCAGAAAACCGUACGCUACAUCGCACGUCGCUGGUUAAUGUGCUCGAGAAUUCUGAAGCUACUGCUGCAUUACAUCGAUUCACUCAGGAGCCAUCAUCUGCUAUCAACAAGGACAAAGAUCGUGAACGAACUCUAAAGCUUUCCGAAGCUAAGAUACAGGAGCUUACAUCGUCCCCGCAGUCUAUCCCUUAUCGCGCUGCUCCUCACUGCGAUCAAGAGCAUAGUCAAAAGCUGGUUUACUCCGAUGGGCCCCCACCAUUGCUUUCCCCAAUUGAGUCGGAAAUUUCCAGAAACUCUCAUGGUGAACAUAAAACUUCCUCCAACGAAAUGUCAGCACCACAACUUAAAGAUGUUUCUGAUGGUGCGGAGGCUCUAAACGGUUUAGGUCUUAGGACGCCGUCGACCCGGACGCGUCCUCAUAUCGGCCGCACUGUUUCGACGCCUCAGUCUACUCGGAAACAGACAUUGCCAGGGACCAACAAUGACCGCCUGGCGCAGACGUGGACUUCUCGCCAUAGGCAGGAACGCCCUUCUGUCAGCAGGGAAGCUGAACCGAAGAAUCUCAGAAGUCCCCCACCGCCACUGGAGACAGCCUUACCUUCUCCAUUACCGCAGAAUAUCCCUUUACCACCAGCAUCCAUUCCCACAUAUUUACAACUGGAACUUGCUUCGGGCAGCCCUUCUCCACUGUAUAUACAUCGGCCUUCCUUGAAUGACUUCCCGUAUGAAUCUGCGCGUGUCAAGCUAGAGCGAUUGGUUAACUUUCUGGUGCUUCCCCCAGCAUUGGAGCAGGUGCUAUGGUUCGGAAUCCUGGCAUGUCUGGACGCUUGGCUGCAUUCAUUUACAAUCCUCCCUCUCCGCUUUAUCAAAGCGGUCUAUAUUCUAGUACAAUGCUGGGUCACGAAUCUGGCUGCUGAGGCUCGAUAUCUGGCCAGCUUCGUUAGGAAAGGUGUCGGGCGGGUAUGGCGACGACGGAACCGAAAGCCUUCAGUAUCAUCAACGAGCAACGCAGUCUCAGUUGAACGAGAUGCCAAGUCCUCUAUGUCAGAGCCGCGGCGCCGACACCGUUCAGAUACCUUCCGACACCGAAGGCAGAGGUCCACCCCAUCGGCGUUGCUUCCAGACGACAAAGCCGACAUCCUCAAGGGGCUGUUGAUGGCUACGACUUGCACUGUCCUCAUGUACUUCGAUGCAAGUCGUAUGUAUCAUUGGAUCCGUGGACAAGCAGCCAUCAAACUGUACGUUAUUUACAAUGUGCUGGAGGUUAGUGACCGUCUUUUUGCUGCUAUCGGUCAAGAUGUUCUAGAGUGUCUAUUCUCCCGCGAGGCACUAGAACGCCGCCCGGACGGGCGCAGCAAGAUUUUCCGGCCAUUUGGACUCUUUCUGUUAGCGCUGGUCUAUACGGUCAUUCACUCCAUGGCCCUCUUCUACCAGGUGAUGACCCUAAACGUAGCUGUGAACUCAUAUUCCAACGCCUUGAUCACCCUACUACUUUCGAAUCAAUUUGUGGAGAUUAAGGGAUCAGUGUUUAAGAAGUUCGAAAAGGAGAACCUUUUCCAACUCACUUGCGCGGAUGUGGUGGAGCGGUUUCAACUAUGGCUCAUGCUUACGAUAAUUGCGUCGCGAAAUAUAGUCGAAACUGGUGCGUUCAGUUUUGGGGGCAAUUUGAUCAGUACAAGCGUGAGUGGCACGUCUUCUGCAACAAACAGCACGCUGCUGUCGACACCCCCAAGGUCGUCGACCUCAAUCCUUCCGCAGGCGUUCACUUUCGUUCCAUCGUCUCUUAUGGCCUCCUUUAGCCACGUCAAUUCUUUUCUGCCGGCGCUGGCCCAGGUACUUGGUCCGUUCCUGAUAGUUCUGGGUUCGGAAAUGUUUGUCGACUGGCUCAAACAUGCAUACAUCAGCAAAUUCAACAACACCCGACCCGCGAUCUACGGUCGGUUCCUAGACAUCCUCGCCAAGGACUAUUAUACCAACGCCUUUGGUGACCAGAACUUGAUGCGCCGUAUAGGCCUUCCUAUUAUCCCACUCUCAUGCCUUUUCUUCCGCGUCUCUGUACAGACAUAUCAGAUGUUCUUGGCUGCACUGCUCCCUCAACCUCCCCCCCUGUCGCCUUCCUCAUCCAUUGCUGUUGAGACCACAUCUCUCGCAGCCAUUCAUAGUCAGUAUGUGCCGGCUGGCCCGGUACCCUCGCCGCCUCCAAUUACCUUAAGAACGGUUUUCCCAGCAACAGCAGCUCAUGCCGAAGCAUGGUUUCGACGAGUGCUAGCCAACACAAUGCCAUCAGCUGAUCACUCCGUUUACAUCUUCACAGUUGUUCUGGUUCUUACCGGUUUCGUCCUUCUGCUGAUUCUCAAGCUCCUUCUUGGCAUGCUUCUUCUGACCUGUGCGCGAUCCCGCUACAAGUCGAUGAAGCAGCGGGAGGCAGAACACGCAGCCGCAGCUUCAUCUUCUGCCAUUCCCACUGCCUCAGACCACCAUGGACCCCCGCGUGCACGAGACUACACGGUAGACGGCGCUCGACGUGUUGGUGGCUGGGGUACAGUUGAAGUCAACGAAGACAGCCGGCGGUGGAUCUACCUUGACGACCCAGAAAGUCUACGCAAGCUGAAAGAGAAGGAAAAGGCGAGUCAAAAGGGUAAGGGUGUGUACGGGGAUGAUUUGCAUCUAGAUCAUGUCCAACGAUAUGAGAUGGUCGCAAAGAGGAUUUGGUAA